UUGCAAAUGGCAGGCAACCUAUUUCGAUUACACACUUUUUCCUCGCAAUUUCUGCCCGAAACUCUCUGUUCGCAACCAUUUUAUCGUGUCUCUGCGUGAAAAUCCACCCCCUUGUGCGUUCAUGUGUCCCUACCAGAUGGAUAAGCGCGUGAAGAGUGGCGGGAAAGUGCUGAAAUCCACCAAGUCGCCAGCGAUGGUGCAUGAAUAGUGAAGUGUGACUUCAAUUGUAAUUUUUAUUAUGUGUUGGGAAAUCCAGGAGAAAACAAUUUAGAAAGUGUCUGGGAUUACUGUGGAAAUCAGCGCACAUGGAGGACAUGGGGAGCCCAAUCCUGGGCCAGGAGAGCGACGUGCAUCUCCUCACGACGGCUUCAGGGAAAGCGCAGUCUUCGAGGUCACUUCCCUUAUUUUACGAUGACGAGGGCGAACUGUGCACGUUAGGGGCAAGAGUUAGCCAGAUGGAGUGUAUGCCACUGAGAUCGCCUCCAGGACCUUAUCAUUAUCACGUCACAGAUCAAACAAAGUCAUUGCAGGAAUUACAGAAUGAAGUCGGAGCUUUACUGGAAUUUCGUGAUUUGGUUAUUGAAACCUUCCCUGAUCUCAAACACAAAAUGGCAUCAUCGUCAGCAUCUAGUACAAUUACAGGCCUGCCAUCGUCUUCAUUGGCGUCAAGAAGAUCAGAGUGGGAGCCAGGGAUUCGCGUGCGUCGGAAAUUGACACCCAAGGAGAAUGCGGAAAUAUCGUCGUCAUCGCUGAUAAGGAGCCGGAGUAAUUCGCACAGUGGCAAGAAGGAACCAAAGAGUGGCGAGGGAAAUGGCAGUGUUGUUCAGGAUUCGGGAUUCUCCACGGAGACGAGUUCGUCGAAGGAGACACACAGUGCCUCAUCGACAAAUGGUGCUAUGCAGGGAGUAAAUGUAUCAAAUACAUCACAACGUAUGACGAUGGACAGCGACAAUGAGCUGUGGAAUUUAUUGGAUGUGCUGCAUAGGAAGAGCAAUCGGCUUCGCGAUGAGGUGGAGCAUCUGCAGCAGCUGGAGAAGGAGCGCUGCAGGACAUCGAGCAUCCCGCACAGCUUCCAGAAGCAGCUCGACAGAGUGGGUAAGGAGGAUGUGCAGCUGUUGCGGAAGGAGCGGGAUCGACUGCUUGACAAACUGGCGGAAGUGGAGGCGGAGAAUCUGUCGGGGCGCAUCAAGUCGACGAGUCUGGAGGAUCAAAUGAGUGCUUUGAGCCUGGCCAAGAGGGAGCUCGAAGAGCAGUUGAAGGCGGCGCUGAGUCAAAAAGUGGAGCUGAAUCUGCGCCUCAAAGAUCUGCAUCAGCAAUUUGAGGCCUCCAAGCAGUCACGUUUGAACAGUGGCCGGAAGUUGUCGACGCCUGAGCAUGCUGGAAGUGUUGCGCUGGCGACAAAAAGUGUGCGCAGCGAUGGCGUGAUUCUCGGACGGCUGGAUGGACUAGUCAGCACACCCAAUAGACUGAAUAAAGUGAGAUUAGCGGACUCGAAGAAGAUCGAGGCGAUUCUGUUGGAGAACAACGUUGUGGAACUGCAACGACACCUUCUAACACUCACCGUUCAGAACCAGGUACUGCAGCAGAAGUUGGAUAAUGCCACUCGAUCGAAGAUUCACCUUAUCAAGCGCUUGGACAAGGCGAAGGAGGACAUCGAUGACCUGAAGUUCCAGCUGGAGGAGAAGAACAUUGAGUUCGAGGGCACGCGAGCGCAGCUGCGAGUGCUGGAGAAUAAGUCCAGUGCCCGGUUGGACUACAGUCCGACGUUCAAGUUGUCGCCGACGCGCGACUCGUUGAUCAGGCAGUCGCAGAUCUCGACGCCGAGCAUGAAGGCGAUGGUGCCGCUGGCGAUGGACGAGAUCAUGCAGCACAGCAGCAGCACGGAGUCGGCGCAGGAUCAGUCGGAGCAGAAUCGUGCCUUGCCGGAGACGCCAAAGAAACGUCCUAGUCGCAUUCCGCUGGCCGGCACCAAGGCCAGCGCGGCGCCCAAGCCGCCGACGGGGCGCAGCAAUGGCAAAUCCAGUCCCUCGGGGCCGCCGUCCAACCGCAGCCUGAGCAAGAGCACGAGCAGUCUGAUGGCGCGCUCGGGGCCGAGCUCAGUGAAGAAAGAGGGCGGCUCGCCAACACCCAAUCGGCCAGACUCGGCGCAAAGCUGGCGCAAGGACACGUCUCUGGGCACCAACAGUCGCGGUUCGUCGAUUCCCGUGUCAGCGAAAUCCACUCCGUCCGCGGCGAAGCCGCUGCACUCGCCACUGCCGCGCGCCAAGAGAGAUUCCGCGACAGCGAAGACGCGCAAUUUGGAUGUCAGCGUGUCGCCCGCGAAAGUGGCGUCGAGGAGAGACUUGAGCGCGGCGACGCCACCGCCGCAGAAUCGCGCGAAGCCGUCUUCAGUUCCAGUUCGACGAAUGUCCGGCGCAAGAAAUGGUGACACACAAGAUUAUGAGAAUGGAAAGGACAUCGAAAGGCGCUACAUUCGACGGGAUUUGUAUCCAACCAUUCCAACCAUCAGGAUUGAGGUCUACUAGUACUUUCUCCUGUUUCGUAAGUCCUUCUCCCACGUUUUGUUGAUUGUUUAUACCAUUUCUAGCUGCAACAUUGCUGGCUUGUAGAUUUCUCAGUUCAUUUUACAUGAUUUUUGGUUAUUUUACCUCAAUUUAUAGUUCAUUUUUUUGCACUUGUAGAUGGAUUUUAUUUUAUAGAGAUUAGUACUAAAAAUGCCACUUGUACACCCGCUAAUCAUUAACACAGCCGAUAACCCAUAUUCAUUGACAACAUUCACAAUAGUCAUCCAUACAAAUGAAAAGAGUGAAACUGAAAGCAAGAUGCCCUGGGAGAAAAUGUGAUUUCGUGAUUUGAAGCAGUAGUUAUUUACUCAAUUGACCCACCUUUUGUGCUUCUGAGAAGAGCAGAAAAGAAAACAGUGUGUUUGGAAACCGCAGAAUUUUAAUUACAUGACAUAUAUUAGAGAAUUAUUAGAUAAUCAUAAUCAUUAGGGAACAUUUUUUUCUCGUAUUGCAACACAUUUCAGACAUCAUCAACAUUGCUCAUUGACAAACAUUCAUUGUAAUGCAGAAUCAGUUGUUGUUGGAUAAGAUUUUCCACCAAUUUCACUGAUUCUUUUGAUGCUGAUUAAUUUGUAAAUAGCAUGCGCUUGUCAGAGAGUCAAUUUGAAGGGAGUUUUUAAUGGGAAAAGGAGACAGAAGACAAUCCUGAAAAUUCCUCAUCCUCGUCCGCAAAUUCCUGUAGAAUCCCUCGAAUGUAAGCUAAUUCCUGUUCAUAAUUAUUAACAAAUUUACACUAGUGGAGAGAUGAAUAGCACGUGUGGUAAUUAAAAGAGCGAUGAACGAAAAGUUCGCAAUAUUAGUUAGCAAAGUUAAUCGACUGAAGCAUUUGAAUUAAACAUUGGACUCAAAUCUAGCGCUGAGGCAGAGAGCAAGAGAUUAAAAUUAUGUAAUUUUUUCAAUAUUUGAUGAGAUCUGCGAAAAUAAUUGUCAUUUUAGAUGAAGAUUGCAAUGUUUUCAGAGCGUUGCCACUCAGAAUUAAUUUAACACACUUUGUAAGGUCCAAAUCGCAAAGAUAUGAAGUUUCUCUGCGUUUGUAUGCGCGUGAAAUUCUUAACUUCAAAAGUCAAGAAACUUAACUUGAAACUUAACUUAGAACUCAUUCAUUCUUUGACUUUGGAUGUUCUCAUUGCCAAAAUCUUACUAUUUUAAUAAUUGAAGAACCAGAUAGAAUGAAAAUAAAGCAGACUUUAAAAAAUCGUAUUUAGACACUUUAGAUUUGCAUUAUCAAUAUCACUUUCGACUUUACAUUAGCAAGAAUAAUAAUUCCUCUUUACAACGUGCUAAUCAUACUUUUGCUAGUGUACAUUAAGUUCUAAGACACUGACUGAUAGAAAAUUCCAACGAUGAAAUCAAAUAGAAUCUUUUUUUAAUCAAUGUUACAUUGUAAAAGAAACGAUGAGAAAUUGUAAUAACUCUAGAAUUUAACCACAAAUCGAAUUGACAGAGAGAUAAAUUCUGAAAUUAGAUAAACAGAAAGUAUUCCACAACACAAAAGGGUGAAAGAUGAUUAACAGUGAUGGAUUUGUUUAGUUUGGGCGGCGUUUAGUUAUGAAAGAUCAUAGGAUCGCCUUUAUAGUUUUCCUUCCUUUGUGAUUAGAGAAUGGAAUUUGAGAGCAUUUUUUGCCUUUCUCCCCCCUCAUCAUCCACUUUGUCGGUUUGCGUGGAGGAAUACUUGCAUUUAAUCCCAUUCCUUAUGUUUUUUCUUUUCUUUUCUCCGGUGUCUUCCCCAAAAACCCCGGCAGUUGUGCAAGAGUGCGGAGAGUGUGGCGGAAA